CGAGAUGGACAUCUAUUACACCUUCAACAAAUACAUCACAUUGCAAAAUCGUUCUGCUCGUGCCAAUCAAUAACACUUGAUACCUCACUCCCAUCACUCGACUCGUACUUUCUGGAGUUCACACGUCGGACAUAAAGGUCGCAAAUUCUAGAACCGACUUUUCACACCCAUACAUCGCCACCAUGCCAGGCGCAAAGCUGUGGGCAAAGAUGAUCGGAUCAGGUGCGCUCCUGUGUAUCGGCGGUCCUUACCUGAUCUACUACGUCACGCCGACAGAGGAGGAAUUGUUCAUGAGAUACAACCCUGAGUUGCAGAGACGAUCGUUGGAGAACCGCAAGGAGAAGCAGGAGAACUUCAACGAGUGGGUUUCGCAGCUCAAGAAGCACUCGAAGAGUGAUCUGCCCCUUUGGACAGCCUGGGACAAGGAGUCUGCAGAGUACAAGGAAGCCGGCGCGGCUCGUCUGAUUGAAGAGCGCAGAAUUGCCGAGCAGGUCGCUCAAGCCAGAAGAGACGAGAUCAAGAACUCUGCAGCUUGA